GUCAAGGAGAUCACAGACGGGGGAGGGAGGCUUUCGCACAACCAGGGAAUGGGGAGGUGAAAUCACAACUAGCACACAAACAAAGCCACGUUACUGCUGCAAGGAGCGGCGAGCUGAUGGACGUAUCUGUGUCCCGCCACGGAGCCCGGGCAGUGACUGAGGAGGUGACCCGCAUGGAACGAAUAAACCACCAGCAAGGAAAAGCAGAUCCUGAUCUUCCAUUUGCACCACUUCUCCACCACUUUAUGGGAAUAACAGUGAUAUGUGGUAACGUGGGUCAGCAUUGCACCCUGGAAUAAAAUUGCAGCCCCCAGAGUGUGACCAAGAAGAGUAGAGCUGCUGCCAAUGACCCUGAGAUCGCCUGAUACUGCUGACAGCACUAGUACCAUAGAUAGCGAAGCUGGCCACCGGGGGACCCCAUCUGGGGACACUCACGGAAACACAGGCAAGGACGAGCACAUUGCAAUGUCUUUAGGAGAGCUCCGAAGGUCAGGCUGGUACUGGGGCCACAUGACAGUCAGCGAGGCCAAGGAAAAACUGCAGGAUGCCCCUGAAGGCACUUUUCUUGUUAGAGACAGUUCACAUACAGAUUACCUCUUAACUAUCUCUGUGAAGACCUCAGCAGGACCAACAAACCUGCGCAUUGAGUAUAGGGAGGGGAAGUUUAGGUUGGACUCUGUCGUAUGUGUACGCUCCAGACUGAAGCAAUUUGAUAGUGUCGUCCAUCUUAUCGAGUAUUAUGUUCUACUGUCCAAGAACAAGAAAAUUGAGACAGAGACUCUUCCCAACAGGACAGUGCACCUUUGGCUAGUUAAGCCACUUUACACAUCUACCCCUUCUUUACAGCACCUUUGUAGAAUGGCUGUCAACAAAUGCACGGACAAGAUCCAUGAACUGCCUUUACCCAUGAGAUUAAAGGAAUACAUAACAGAAUACCGUUAUCAUGUGUAGACAUUUCCUGUUUCAUGCCUGCAGCAUCAGAAAUAAAAGUGUAAAACUUCCAAAUCUAGCCAAAUAAGUUAGAGGUUGUCGGUUCCAAGGAGUUUAUAUCGCAUCAUUUUAUUUCAAGUAAUUGUCAUAGGACAUAUCGUGUCUUAGAAUGAAUCAUUUAUGGUAUGACAUUUUCUCCAUACCGUGCCUAAAUGAGACUCUGUGGAACAAGAAUUUGUGAUUCCUUAAAAUGCACAAUGUGGUUUUGUUUUGUUUUUUAGCAGUACUCCCAAUUUUUUUUGUUAUUAAGGCAGUGGAUGGUGAAAGAAGAGGCAAUUUAAGGUCUUUCUACCUGGGAUAUUCUGGCUAACACUCUAAUUUUGGUUCUGUUAAAAUGACUGUCUCGAAUCAAAAGUGGCUCUGGUGGUCAUCGUAAAGCUGACCACAGAGAAGGGGAAAAGAAAUUUGGUAGCAGUCAAGUCAUGCUCUGCCUCAACCAGCAGAAUUAAUCAGAUUAAGAUUUUGGUGGAGAACAUCUUGAACAUUUAGGUUCCUAGCCAAGUACUAUGUAAUGACUCUUGCCUUGCAGUGGUUUACAUUUGUAUUACAAUGGGGCCCAUCAUAGCUCACAUAUAUUACUUGAGCAAUGAAAAGCUCAGUCUAAAAUGCUGUUUUGACCACUAGUGUCAGAAUGAAAUGCGUGCUAUUUGUUCCUGCACAGAGUAAUGCUGUUGGAUUCAAUUCUAAUGAAACUAUAAUAAUUUGUUAAAGUCAGCAUUUAUGUUGGCAGCAGUUACCACUAGCUAUUGUCACUCUUUUGACUAUGUUAGGCUGGUUCUCCCAAGCCUUUCUGGUAUAAGAACAUAUAUAGUUAAAAGCAUCGACCAUACUUGUGCUGCAAUGUGACUUCCUGGCUCAUUUGCAGACUAGGAGAUUAUGUGAGAUUAGACAACGCAUCCUUAUCCACAAAGGAUGCUGGAACAUGGACUGCAUUCCCAGCAUUUUUGUGUAAGGAAAUGUAACAACUCUUCGUUGAGAUUUGUUUCACUAAUAUAAUAAGUGCACUGUUUAACAGCAAUUUAUGAGCUAACUCUCAAUCUCCUAACAUGAAAGAAGUGACAAAACUAUUUCCAAUGAUCUGAUUUAACCACAACCAGAGUGAAAAAGUUUUUAAAAUGUAGGUUGGAAAUGUGAAGGGGUUACCUUUUAGUUAUAGUAACAUCUCAUUUUUCCUUUCCAGUAAAGUUUAUAAAUAAGUCCCAAUGUAUGCCAUGAGAUAAAUCCUCAUUAUGUACGCAUUUCUUACCAUGCGGUAAAUGCAGCCAAAAGAACAAAAUAAAUGGCAGAUGUGUUUACAUAUGAUAUGUACUCAUAGUAAAGUAACACAGCCAAAGUAUCACAGUGUGCCAAAGAUUGCAGAGCUCCGUCUUGGAGAAUAGUUUAUGGGAUCAAAUUGUAUCAAGGCUCUGAUGCCAUUUUCUCCACGUCUGUAUUGUAUUCCUCCACGUGUGUACAAUGAGGCCACUUUCACACUUUUGUAUUGUGCAUCAAAAUUUGUAAACCAAAACUAGGAGUGAUUCCAGAACAGGGUAGAGGGACACACUUUUUAUUAUAUAUAUAUUUUUUUUGUUUGACGUCAAGUUUUGCCUAACAAAUACUGAUUAAUAAUACUGACCAAAAUAUGAAAGUGGCCUAUAGGGAGAUAACUAAAGCUCUAUUCAGAUUUCGUCACACGUGGUAGGAAAAAACGCCGCUAUUUGUUUUUAUGAAAAAUGACGGACCCUUUUAGCAGAACCAAUGUAAACCAUAAGUUAGUGAGGUCUAUUUGGUGCCUGUCGCUGCAUUAUGUUUUCUAUUUUGUAAACUUAUACCAUGAUGCAGAUGUUAACAGAGCCUUAGUUCAAACCCAGAUGCACCUACACAUUAAGAAAUUCACCUAGAUACAUAAUAAAACAUAGAGACAAUGCACAAAAGUUUCAGUAGUGGAAUUUAGACAUUUAUGUGGAAAAGCUUUAGUAUAGCACUGGUGUAUUUAAUCUUUCCAAAGUAAGCAUCACACUGUGUGGGUUUCAUAUUUAAUCCAUACAGAUGAAGUUAAAGGAAACUCCACUAAAUGGUACCCCCAUAAGUUUUAAUGUGGUCAAAACUUGCAUUAGAUGCACAGAAAGUCAUACUGCAGUACUAUAGUCCUGGACUGCGCUAAGUUUAUGCUCACACAUGGGAGAUAUGCUGCAUUUGUUGAAACUAUGCCUAUUUUACUUAAACAGGGAAAUCAAAAUCUACAAAAAAAAUCCAAAACAUAUCCCCUACAUGCCUUAAAGAGAGAAAACACUGCUAUAUGUUUGGGUAACAUCGAGGUUCACUUACUUUGGAGUCUAGCUGGAGUGAGUAAAGCUGUAAAUUACACCUGCUACAGAUUCAUAAAAAAAAGCAAAACCAAUGCAUUUCCUGUAUUUGUAUAAUCUGUUAUGAAAGAAAACUAAUUUAUGUAAAAUAUGGGGGCCUUCAUAUCUUACUCCCACUUUAUUUUUGAGGGUUGUAGAGUUUGAAGAGGACCUGUGGCCAACCUCUCAAAUUUAGAUUUGACGGUCAUAAAUUAGCUUUGGGUUCCCUGAUUACAUACCUUUUUUAAUACACCCUCCCGUUUCUAAGGGUUUAUAGUUUGUAUAAUAAUUCAAAGAAUCGGUCAGAUGGGUAUAAACUUAAUUUAGAAAAUAGGAAUACAUAUCACCUGAUGGGUGAGAAUAUAAAGUCAUGGGUUGUGAAGAUUUUACAUUGUGGGGCUUGUAUACCUAUUACACACCCCUGGAUGUAUAAUUCCCCCCCCCCUUCACCUGAUAUUCACUCCUAUUAUUAAAAUUAAGUUCACACUCAUCUGGUUGAUUCUAUAAAUUAUCAGAAAAACAAUAAAACCACGUAUCUCGGGAAUGGAAGAGUGUAUCAAGAAACUGUAAAAAGAUGAUCAGGGCACCCAAUGCUUUUAAUGAUAAAGCGAUAUCCUUUUUGGGGGUCUGGCCAAAUGGCCAUAGUGUUAUGGUAUUUUACUUUCAAUAUAGAGCCAAUUCAGAACCCAAUGUUGCUAGUCUUGCUUCCUUCAGAUCAGGUUAUAUAUAAAUGUUCUUAUUAUGAUUGUCUCUGACUGAAUGCUCCUCCAUGCACUGAUCUCAGGGAGGGUGCCCAGCGAAUGUAAACAUGUUACAACAGCAUGUUAAGGCAAUCCUCCUAUUUGUGUAUUUGGUAAAUGUGACAAUGGGAGGUUUGGUAAGGAAAAUCAAUACCUUUUAAAGAGGUAAACAUUUUUUUUUUUUUUUUUUUUUAUGAACUGGUGCCAGAAAGUUGAACAGAUUUGUAAAUUACUUCUAUUUAAAAAUCUUAAUCCUCCCAGUACUUAUGCUCCAGAUGAAGUUUCUUUUUUUUCUGUCUGACCACAGUGCUCUCUACUGACUCCUGUCCAUAUCAGGAACUGUCCAGAGUAGGAGCUAAUCCCCAUAGCAAACCUUUCCUUCUCUGGACAGUUCCUAACAUAGAGGUGUCAGCAGAGAGCAUUGUGGUCAGAAAGAAAGAGAAAAAAAACUUCCUGUGGAGCAUACAGCAGCUAAAUGCUGGAAAAUGUAAGAUUUUUAAAUAGAAGUAAUUUACAAAUCUGUUAACUUACUGGUACCAGUUGAUUUAAAAAAGAAAUUGUUUUCCAACGGAGUACCCCUUUACUAAUGCCUAUUGUUUAAGAAUAACCAUGGCACACUUCACAGUUAUGCACUUAUGUGGAUGAGAGGCUGGUCUGACUUACAAGACACACAACCUAGGGGAACGCUGGGAGUGGUUCAAAGACAUAGCUUAUGUUCCAUGACUAUGUCUUCUAACUUCUGUCUUACAGGAAUUAAGUAUUCCCUUUACUGUUUCUGGACAUACAAAUAGUUAAUUCAGUAAAUGUAUAUGGACUUUUCAAAGUAAUAUACACACUCCUUGUUUUAUGGGUUACACUGAUUUUGCUAAUAACGGUUUUCUGUUCUUAAUACUUUCACAUACUUAUUUUAUUUGAAGUCCUGUAAAAGUUUAAUUAAGUUCCAGGUUGUAAAGUGUGGAACAUUUGUGUAUUAAAUGGUGACAAUGAAUACUGAAAGCCUGCUGCUGUCCAACAAAAUCUAUUGUUGUGACACUUGGCCUUAUGUUUUUUGUUUUUUUCCAGAGCAUUAAUAAGUGGUUGGCGGAGGUUAUCAAGGUGCUAUAAAUGCCACCAUUGUUGCACUCUGGCAGUUUACAUACAAGAUGUCAAUGAGCAGUUAGUGCAUUGGGUGCAAAACCAACAACACUUCUACAGUCAGCAGUGCUGAGCAUUCUAGCAACACCACUGACUGGAGGAAAGUAGUUGACUGAAAGAGACAUACAGGCAGUGCUUAAGAAGAGCCCUUUUAACAUGGCCAAUAGCAACCCCCAAAUUCCAGUUAGAGGGAAGCAGUACGGCAGCCGUUACAUCCACUGUUUUAACAGCCAAUCAAUAGAACAUUUAAUAGAUGUCUCUGUUACAGUUAAUGUGGUCAUAAAGUAAUAAGCUGAAUAAUGAGUGGAAGUAGCCAGAACCAUACAAUUGAAAGAGGGCUUACAGGUUCAACUAUACGGUUCUAGAAUGGUAAGUAAUCCUGCUGGUUUUUAUGUCUAACAGAAAAUGCACAAGUCCUUAUGUCACUGUAAUGAACUUUGCCAUCUUAGUACCCUGGCACUAAUCUGCUGUCUGAAUUCUAUUUCCAUGUAGACUAAAUUAUGUUUCAAAAUUCCUACAAAUGUCUGUAUUUCUUGCCAAUUUAAGGACUCUGAAGACCCCCCCCUAAUUUGGCUAGGUAUGCAGCCUGGGUGGAUAAGCAGCCAAAUGAGUUUUGCAGUGCAUUUGGAUGUGGGUUGGUGCUUCUAAACAAUUCCCUCUGCAGAGUUUCAUCUCAUAGUCCCCUUAAUGGAAUCAUUUUCUCCCAAACUCUUCUUGCCUUCUAUGCUCACUAGAUAUAUGACAUUAUGCUAGUUGUGUAUUUGGUUUUUAAUUUUCAAAGUUGUAAGGUAACUCCUAGGUUGUAAAUGGAUAAUCUCUUUAGGCUCUGUUUACACUAGUAGUGUUGAGCAAUAUUUACAGUAAAUUUGGCCGAACUUGAAUCUGGUGGGUUGGUUGUUGAUUGCUUAGCACUUUAAAAACAGAACAGAUUCAUGCAGACUAAAGCAAUCAACAACCAAACUGUCAGAUUUGGAUUCAACCAAACCUUCUGUAAAU